ACACUACCUCAUCCACGACAUCCGCUGCGGGUGACGAAGAACGAACUAACAUUGCCAUCCAACACUACCUCAUCCAUGUCCUUGUCGCGGGUGAAUGGGGAAGACUGAGGCAUGGAGCAACACAUCUCUGCCAUCCAGUACAACCUCAUCCACGACAUCCAAUGUGGGUGAAGAAGGAAAAACUGUAGAGUAGAGCUCACCCAAAUGGACCAACACUGCCAUCCAACUCCACCUCAUCCAUGUCCUCCAGUGUGGGUGACGGUGGAAGGCUUAGGCGUGAUCACCCAACAGGACCAAUGUUACUAAAGGGACCUGAGAUUCUACUACUACGAUUACUUUCACAUACUUUUGUAACUCUAAUGUAAUGUUUUCCGUAAGACUCUGAGAACUAAACAUUGACACACUUUCUUUUUUAGUGUUUCCGAGAGUGACACGGACAGUUUUUUGACAAGUAAGCAACCCUCUCCUCUGUUCUUCCUUGUCUUCACCUGUUGCUAGUUAUCAUAUUUCUCUAUAAGUCUCUUCGGCGACCAAGAAAAUCGAAUAGGAAAGAUUACAUUGUUAUCCGCUUGUCUGAACUACUCUACACUGUACCAAAGAAAGCAUAAUAAUCAAGUUUGAUGUUCGGGUAGCUCUGAGGGUUGGCGUAGAAUUGUGUGAUGAGAAAUUAAGGUUCCGGUGUCUGUAUGUAGGGAAAGAUAUAUGCUGCUGUGUCUUGGUAUGAUAUUUGAAAGUGUAGAAGUAGUAGAUAAAUGUAGAGUUAGCAGUAGUAAUAGUGAUACAAUUCUGGCUUAUUCUCUUUACUAGUAUGUAGAGAGAGAUAUGUGCUAAUGUUCCUUGGUGUGAAAAUUGGAAGUGCAGAAGUAGUAGAUCUAGAAUUAGCAGUAUUAAUAACGAUAUAGUUCUGGGCUAUUCUCGUUACUAUUUUGGAGAGAGAUAUACGUUACUGUUUCUCGGUGUGAUACAGACAUACCUCAGUUCACAAGCUUGAUUCAUUCCGUAAUUUCGCUCGCACCAAAAAAAUCUUAAGCGAGUAGCGGGCUUUUUUUUAGUUUCCUUUUUUUGUGCCCUUGAGCUAUUUCCUUUGUUGUAAAAAAAAAAGAACGCUCACUUUAGCACUGAGAACAUGAAGGUCGCAUUCUAGAACACAAACGCAAGCGGAGACGAGCGCGCGGGUGCCACCUUUGCGAGUGUACAACGCAGACCGAGACCCCAAUCCCGCUGUUUUCCGCUCUGAGCGCUCCCGUCUUGCAGCGAACAAAGGGAACUCACACUCGCGCCUUCAACUUGUGCAAACAGGAUGCUCGUUCACCAGGGCUUGUUUUUUUCUCUGCGCUCUUUUUGUUGCCCUUGAGCCAUCUCCAUCGCUGAAAAAAUAAAAAAAUAAAAAUCACCGCUCGUAAACGAAGGCAUUUUAAGUGAUAUUUUUAUGCUCGUAAACCAAAACACUCGUAAAGUAAGGCACUUGUAAACCGAGGUAUUACUGUAUUUGUAAGUGCAGAAGUUGUGGAUGUAGAAUUAGUGUUAGUAAUAGUGGUUGCAUAUUUUCAUACACCCUAACAGUAUAGCCAACCCAAGCUGCCCUCCCCUUCCCUAACAGUAUAGCCAACCCAAGCUGCCCUCCCCUUCCCUAACAGUAUAGCCAACCCAAGCUGCCCUCCCUUCCCCUAACAGUAUAGCCAACCCAAACUGCCCUCCCCUCCCCUAACAGUAUAGCCAACCCAAGCUGCCCUCCCCUCCCCUAACAGUAUAGCCAACCCAAGCUGCCCUCCCCUUCCCUAACAGUAUAGCCAACCCAAGCUGCCCUCCCCUCCCCUAACAGUAUAGCCAACCCAAGCUGCCCUCCCCUUCCCUAACAGUAUAGCCAACCCAAGCUGCCCUCCCCUUCCCUAACAGUAUAGCCAACCCAAGCUGCCCUCCCCUCCCCUAACAGUAUAGCCAACGCAAGCUGCCCUCCCCUUCCCCUAACAGUAUUGCCAACCCCAUCUAUCCAUCCCUCCCCCUCCAGUAACAUAUUUUCAUGCACCCUAACAGUAUAGCCAACCCCAGCUGUCCAUCCCCUCCCUUUCCCUUGUCGUUCCAUGAAUAUUGAAGACUUUAUAUAUAUAGUAAUGAAUUUUUGGAUGGACGAAAGACUAAAGUACCUGAUAUAUACGAUAAUCGAGACUUGUAUUUCCUUGUGUCCUUAGGGUGCUGUCGAGAGGUAAUGUUUGUGCCUUGUGGGAUGAAAAAUAAUGAAAAAAUGUGUAUGAUAAUUAAAUGUUUUUGCUAGUGUUACAACCACUACUACUACUACUACUACUACUACUACUACUACUACUACUACUACUACUACUACUACUACUACUACUGCUACUACAACACAUAAGUUAAUACUCCUUAUGCAUUUAAAUACUCAGGAUAAAAGAUUAUUACAUCAAGUAUAUACAAAAUAGAGAAAAAAAUAGCUUCUUGUGAAUUUAUAUUACUUCUUAUCGUUUUUCCGUCGCCCUAAUGGUCAGUCUUUUUGUAGUCAUCGGCAAGGCAGCGAUUAGAAGGCUUGUUUUGUAUUCUCGUUUAUUUUUGCCCGUGAGGUAAUUCGUUCACCGUAUAAAGAGAACGUGACGAAUCUUCCAUGAAUAUUAGGGUCACAUGGCUUUGUGUGUGUGUGUGGGAUUUGGCUCAUGACUGGAAUGUUGUGAACUCAAUCCUGGGCCACGGGGAUGAAAUGCACUCUCUUAAGUAUAGUUUUUUUGGGGUGCGUUUUAAUUCACCGUGUCCGUAAACGCUUUCAAACUCGAGAUUAAUCCUAAGACAGCGGCAGUUAUUGAUCAGCAGCUCCCCAAAAUGAAAAAAACUGUUGCCAGAUCUUUUAAUUGUUGUAUUGUUAGUUUUCGUCAGCUUUAAUGUGGCUGAUUUGUCCUUCAUGAUCUGUUUUUCAAGGCGUGGUUGGUCUGUUUCGUUGAUUUUUCAUGUUUUACGCCUGAUUUUUUAAUAUGUCAACAUAAUGCCUUCUUCUUAAAUAUCGUAUUAGUCUUUCGUCUGCAAUACAGUCGCUGAUUUGCCCUUUUUAACCUGUUUUUCAAGGCGUGGUGAGUCGGUUUUGUUGAUUUUUCUUAUAUGACUUUUUGCGAAGAGUUUUUAAUAUGUCAACUUAAUGCCUUCUUUUUAAAUAUCGUGUUAGUCUUUCGUGUGCAAUACUGUCGCUGAUCUGCCCUUUUUAACCUGUUUUUCAAGGCGUGGUUAGUCGGUUUUGUUGAUUUUUCUUACAUGACUUUUUAUGACGAGUUUUUAAUAUGUCAAGCUUAUGCCUACUUUUCUAAAUCUCGUGUUAGUUUUCGUUAACAAUAAUGUCGCUUUCUCUGCCUCUGUGGUGGAUGGUGGAGUGUUUCCCAUGUGGUAUUGGUGUGCUGGAUAUCCCUUCACUGGUAGCCUGGUAACAUACACUCCCAGGUCUUUCUCUGCCUCUGUGGUUGAUAGUGGAGUGUUUCCCAUGUGGUAUUGGUGUGCUGGAUAUCCCUUCACUGGUAGCCUGGUAACAUACACUCCCCGGUCUUUCUCUGCCUCUGUGGUUGAUAGUGGAGUGUUUCCCAUGUGGUAUUGGUGUGCUGGAUAUCCCUUCACUGGUAGCCUGGUAACAUACACUCCCAGGUCUUUCUCUGCCUCUGUGGUGGAUAGUGGAGUGUUUCCCAUGUGGUAUUGGUGUGCUGGAUAUCCCUUCACUGGUAGCCUGGUAACAUACACUCCCAGGUCUUUCUCUGCCUCUUUGGUGGAUAGUGGAGUGUUUCCCAUGUGGUACUGGUGUGCUGGAUAUCCCUUCACUGGUAGCCUGGUAACAUACACUCCCAGGUCUUUCUCUGCCUCUGUGGUGGAUAGUGGAGUGUUUCCCAUGUGGUAUUGGUGUGCUGGAUAUCCCUUCACUGGUAGCCUGGUAACAUACACUCCCAGGUCUUUCUCUGCCUCUGUGGUGGAUAGUGGAGUGUUUCCCAUGUGGUAUUGGUGUGCUGGAUAUCCCUUCACUGGUAGCCUGGUAACAUACACUCCCAGGUCUUUCUCUGCCUCUGUGGUGGAUAGUGGAGUGUUUCCCAUGUGGUACUGGUGUGCUGGAUAUCCCUUCACUGGUAGCCUGGUAACAUACACUCCCAGGUCUUUCUCUGCCUCUGUGGUGGAUAGUGGAGUGUUUCCCAUGUGGUAUUGGUGUGCUGGAUAUCCCUUCACUGGUAGCCUGGUAACAUACACUCCCAGGUCUUUCUCUGCCUCUGUGGUGGAUAGUGGAGUGUUUCCCAUGUGGUAUUGGUGUGCUGGAUAUCCCUUCACUGGUAGCCUGGUAACAUACACUCCCAGGUCUUUCUCUGCCUCUGUGGUGGAUAGUGGAGUGUUUCCCAUGUGGUAUUGGUGUGCUGGAUAUCCCCUCCCAAGGUGCAGGACUUAGCUUGGUGAUGUCUUCUUGUAGGAAAUCCGCAUCCAAUGGGUUAAAAAACACCCAAAAAUAAAAGGUAGAUAAAUUUAGAUAGAUAGAUAAUUAGAUAGACAGGUAGUUAGGGAGAUGGUAGAUGAAGUAUGGAUACAAAAAAUAUAUGAAAAGAAAAGUAAAAAUCUACUUCAAA